AUGUCACCUAGAAUCAUAUUUCGUUCAAGUUAUUUUUCAUACUAGUGUAAUAAGAUGUUCUUCUUCUCUAUCUUUUUCUUGAAGGCCUAACUUCAAGGACGACCGGCGAUCAUUUGUUGGUGAGUUUUUCAUUUAAAUUUUUUAUUACUUUUUUUUUUUGCUUUUUCAGACUUUCAGUCAAAGGUUUGUGGAUAAUUAUAGCGAUGCGUCGAAUGAAGAACGCCGGGACAUUCUUGCGAACCUUGGGAAAGACUACGGCGUCAAUAAAGCGGCGCUGAACCACGCUAUCGCCAUGUACAGUAAGGUUGAAAAAACGGCCGUUCGAAAUAUUCUUGUUGGUAUUCAGAAUGAGUUUUUGUAUCCGGAAGUGAGGUCUUCAGCCACUGCAACCUACGUCAAAUUGCUGCAAGCAGUAGGGAAUUUGCCAGGUGGCGUCAUGAAAAUUUGCGCGAUUCGUGCUAAUUUACUGGUUCGUUUUUCAAAUAUCGUUCAUAUCAAAAAGUCAGGUUUUCUCAGAACAUUGUGAGAAAUGAAGCCAACAAGGAAAAGUUGCUCAUUUUUCGUCAUUUGGAGGCGGCAUGUAAAGAAAUGCUGACUUCUUGGUUCUGCUUGAGUAGUUUGAAACUGGAGCGACUCACUUGGGAAUCACCUGGCGACAUUUUGCAAAAGGUUUUUCGCUUUUUUUGAAAAAAAAAGUAUAAAAAUCAGUAGGUGGCCGAGUACGAAGCUGUCCAUCCCGUCAGAGGUCUUACCGAUUUUCGAAAACGAUUGGGACCUCUCAGAAGGUCUGAUUUUCCUUUUUUUUUCAUUCUUUUGGGAUAUUUUCAGAUGUUUCUAUUUUUUGCACGAAGCUCUACCGCGACAGCCGCUCGUCAUGGUCCACGUUGCACUUCUGAAAGAAAUCGCCGACAACGUUCAGGUUAGGCUUUUUUGAGAAUUCUUCCCAUUUCUUUUUUCAGACCAUAGUUGAAAGCGGCGUUCCAGUAGGAAAAGAAGAAGAUCAAACGACAGCAAUCUACUAUUCAAUAACUUCAACUCAGCCAGGUACUCGUUUAUAAGUAUAUAAUAUUUGGAAACCUUCAUAGGAUUGAGUGGAAUCGACCUGGGAAAUAUGCUGAUCAAAGAAGUUGCGUCGCAAUUGCAAACGGAUGUCCCUUCGAUAAAAGUCAGUAACCAACGAAACGAGUAAUAUUGUUCUUCAGGUCCACAGCACCCUGUCGCCGAUACCAGGCUUCAGGCCGUGGCUCAUUCGAAAUCUCCAUGGGAACGCCGAAUACGGUCAGAACAAAACGAGAACCACAUGAACUUAAAAAAAAAGUUUCGAAAACUGCAAACAACUAAGAAAAUGCUAUUUUAAAUAUGUUUCUAAAUCAGCAUACUUUCAUUUUUAUAACAAGAAAUUCCCAGAUUUUAUAAAAUUUGGUGAACAUUUAUCACUACUGAAACAUUUUCAAGACUCUGUUGUUGAUGACCGAGCUGUUGAACUCGUAUCGCAGAUGAGCGGCAAAAAGUUGGACAAAAAGGACGCCGAAAAACUUUUAUUGCAGGUUUGUUUUAGAAAUGGAAAUGGUUCAACUAUCAAAGAGAUUUUCCUUUUUUUUUAACUUCUUCCAUCCCAAAUAAAAACUGACUAAAGGCGGAAGCAUUUUUCCGCUCUUCUAGAGACUUUUCAUAUUUUUCGAUCCCAAAAAUUACCAUGUAACAAAGCAAAAUUGUGUUUUUAUAGAAUAAAUGUGGAUGAGAGCUUUGAAAUAAAAAAAAACUUCAAAAAGCUUGAAUAUGGAUAUUUUUUUCUAAAGUACUGAUGGAAGAUCUUGACGGAACUUUAACCUGUGAAACUUCUUUUUUUCUCUCGACGGCUCUAUCCAAAAAUUUGCACAGAUAGAGAUUUUCAGAUGAUUCUCAAACACUAAACAAUGACGCUUCUUGUUACGGAAUAGAGUUUUCAAAACAUAGGUUCUCGGUAAUGAAAGGACUGAUCUGGAGCAGCUGAAACUCUUGAAGGAGUUCUUGAUCUACGCCUGCGCCCACUAUUUGUGCAAAGCCAAGCGGAAUGGCUUUGCUCUGAACCCUGUCGGUGAGAUCCCCGACAAUAAAUAAAUCCUAAUUUGGACAUUCCAGCCAACUUCCACAUCCGCAACGGGGCAGAGCUUUAUCGGCUGAACUGGAUGGGCGACACGAGUCAUCGCGGGAUCAACAACAGUUUCGGCCUUAUGGUCAACUACAGGUUGGUAUGGGCAUUGGUUGGAAAAACAUUUUGGUCAAAAAUGAAGCUUAUAAACUAACCGGCAAGUAACUUCUUUUGAUCAUCCACCAAAGCUUAGUGAUUUUUUCUUCAUUGAAAUUUUUUACUUUGCAAGGUUUAAUUUCUAUUUUUCUCAUUUCUUAACAACGAUGUAGAUCUUAGAUAAAUCAUAAAAGUCUACAGAGCCAAAAAAACUAUCAUUUCUGUUUAAAAAUUGUUUCAGAACAGCUGUUUAAAAGUAUUUUUCUAGGAACAAAAAGGGGGAUGCAAUUAAUAUUUAGUCAUUAUAGUUUCGAAAAUUGACCGUUCGACCGACCGUUCGACCAAUAUUUUUUCAACAUGUCAUAAUAAAUGGUCAUUGGUCGAACGGUUGGAGUUUCAACAUUUCAACAUGUCACUUCAGAAUGACAUGUUGGUUUUUGACCGUUCGAAAUGUCACUCUGAAAUUGGUCGGUCAUUUUUCGAACGUUCGAAAUGUCACUUCGAAAUUGGUCGGUCAUUUUUUUCGAACGUUCGAAAUGUCACUUCAAAAAUGGUCGGUCAUUUUUUGACCGUUCGAAAUGUCACUCUGAAAAUGGUCGGUCAUUUUUCGAACGUUCGAAAUGUCACUUCAAAAAUGGUCGGUCAGUUUUUGACCGUUCGAAAUGUCACUCUCAAAAUGGUCGGUCAUUUUUUGACCGUUCAAAAUGUUACUCUUGAAUUGGUUGGUCAUUUUUUUCGACCGUUCGAAAUGCCUAUUCGAAAAUUUUCUCUUACGCUGGAAGUGAGGGCUCGUGCGCGAGACACAUUCCUUCUUACUGCGUUCCAGUCUUUCACGUGCAAACUUUGAGCCGUCAUAAUUUGACUACGAGGCAAAAGGCGAGAUAUUUUUAUUUUUUUGAUUUGGAAUCAGCAUGCCUUAAAGUACACCCCUGCGAAGUUUCAUCAAAAGUUCAACCGGGGGAUAAAAACAGUUUCCUUGUCAGAGUAACUAGGAGCUUACUCAUUAUCACGAAGCACGCGGAGUUUUCUCAAAAUUCCAUACUUUUCGCAAACGUUGAUUCAAUUUAUUUCAUUUCAGACAUUUCAAACUUUUUUCAGUCAAAUUUCGAUCGUUUGAAACGCCAUUUCAAAAAUUGGUCGUUCAUUUUUUUGACCGUUCAAAAUGUCACUCUUAAAAUGGUCGGUCAUUUUUCGAACGUUCGAAAUGUCACUUCAAAAAUGGUCGGUCAUUUUUUGACCGUUCGAAAUGUCACUCUGAAAAUGGUCGGUCAUUUUUUGACCGUUCGAAAUGUCACUCUGAAAAUGGUCGGUCAUUUUUCGAACGUUCGAAAUGUCACUUCAAAAAUGGUCGGUCAUUUUUUGACCGUUCGAAAUGUCACUCUGAAAAUGGUCGGUCAUUUUUUGACCGUUCGAAAUGUCACUCUGAAAAUGGUCGGUCAUUUUUCGAACGUUCGAAAUGUCACUUCAAAAAUGGUCGGUCGGUUUCGUAAAUUUCAGAAAUUGGUCGGUCAAACGAACGGUCAGAAAAAUGACAUGUUAUAACCGUUCGAAAAACUGAACGGUCAUAUCAGUUGAACGGUCUAAUUGGUCGAACGGUCGAAUUUUAGAACACUAUUAGUCAUCGCUCGCUUGUGCAGGAAAAAAAAAUGAUCCAGAACUUUUUUCUCGCAAACUGAUUUGCUUUUCGUGGGACCUUUGUGUCUCAAAAUAGCGGCUAAUCAACGAUAACGAUGAAAAAAAAAAUGCACUUCAAAAGUUUUUAAUAUUUUUCAGGUACGACCUGAACCGGAUCCACGAAAAUGCGGCCGCCUAUACCCAAGAGAAAAAAAUGGCGAUUCAUGAGAAUGUACUCAAAUUAUUGUAAAUAUUCUAUAGAGUAAAGUUUAUUGCCAUAAUUGCCUUGUAGAAAGUGCGCUUGUAUUUUUCUUCUACGAGUCUUCAUACCAAAUAAAAUCAGAUUCAAAUACUUAUUUUCUCAUGAUCUCGUUCAGGUUGAAACCUUUACAUAUUUUUUCGUAGAUAAUUAGUUUGAUUUUUCAUCGAAGGGUCCAGAAUGAUAAAGUGGGAAGACUAUUCGAAGCUGUUCAAGCCGAUGACCAAUUCAGAACGUAAGUUUUCCUCCUUUUGCUGAAGUUUCCAACCAAUUUGUGGAUUUCAGUGAGCUGGAAUGAUAUUCAGUUCAAGCAGAUCUACCUCCCCGGCGUCGAGAGCUCUUCUACGCUCGUAGGGGAAGGUUUCUGAUUUCCUUUCUUUUUUUGAUGGUUCAAGCCGAUUGUAGUUGGGGAACCGUCGAAGAGUUGGGCGAAUCGGCAGAUGAAACAAGUCAAGGCUUACCAAGAAUACACCUCCUCGUGUCAGUUUCGCAGCGUUCAGAGAAUUUCGAAGAUUUAUUAGCGGCAGAUUCGAAAUAUUCAUCCCUAGUGUUAUCACCACUGGUUCAAAACAAUCGUGAACUCUUUCUUCGAAACAUCUUAUAUCAGUAGGCCUUGUAAAUAUUUUGAAUCUGUGGUUCAAACUCUACGAAAAUGCUUCGAGCCAGGCGUUCAAAAUGAUUUUCUCUGUGUCCCCUCUCUUCUCUCUCUCUCCUCAACCAACAGCUUGAAACUAAUAACGGAGCAACUUCUAGUGUCUGCUGAAGGGAAAGAAACGCUUUCAAGCUGUAUGCAUGAGAUCACCAACACCCCAGGAACGUUCACUAUCGACAGAAAUGCAGGGUUCUUGAGAAGUUUCAACAAGAAAGUGAACGAACUGUUGCAGAGGUGUCGACAUGAUUCCAGUGCCGGAAAAGCUGUGGACGGACUGUAUUGAAGAUGACGACUGCUGGACCGCGGAUCUUCUGAAUGAGGCUGACCUGGUGAGUCUAUGAAAAAGAAAUGCAUCUUACUUCUUCGGGACAGUCAAAAGAGAAGAAUUUGUGUGAAUUGAGUUUCUUCAUUAUGAUCGUCUUCUCUAACCAAAAAGAAGUUUCCAAUUGGGAAAAUUAAGAAAACACUACUCCAAACGGUUCAACCAACACAAACAUCAAUCAAGUUGCCGCGGUGGAAUGAAACGCUACAAAGAACUUCCGCUUCUGAAGUGACAUCUUUUGUACUUUUUUUUUCAAAAGUUUUCCUUCAAGGGUCACCUCCACUCAUAUGAUUACGAGGCUGUUCUUAACAAAAUCCUGCGGGGGAAAAGCGAUAUCGCCGUCAGGAAACUCGGCGGCGUCUUCACUAGUGCUUUGAGAGAUCUGGAUCCAGACACCAGGUCAGCCUUUUUUAUUGCCAAAUCGAAAAGUAGAACAUCUUUCUAUUUAGAAGCGAAGCGGCCGAGAAAAUUGCACAAAUCCUUCUCGAGUACAAACGACACUAA